GUCGCUAGCUAAACUUCAAGCGCGAUAGGUACCGUGUGCCCAAAGCUCGCACGACCGAAGGAAUUUUCACCACCUCGAAAUUCAGAGCAAUGCCACACUUUGGCUAAAUUUAACGCGUACUAAACAAUCAAGUGACGGGGUCUCGGUUGUUCGGUGCUUUUUCCUUUCAUUCGGGGGGCAUUUGCCAAUCCGGUUUGUCGCAGAGAAUCUUGUCGCCGCGAUAGUAUUCUUUUCCCUCGGUUAAAUUAUUACUUCCCAUACGUAACAUAGUUAAUGGUGCUAGAUCAUUUUAUCUAAAUACCCAUAAUCCUAGUGCUAGUGAAUCUAGUUUUUAGUGGUUUUAAAUCUCUCCUAGGAAAAAGCCCCUCGGUCUUUUCCAUAGUGUCGUGAUUAUAUAAGACACUUGAUAGGAUAAAUAAAAAGUGAGAGGACUGUUUUUCAAUAGAAAUUAGGCAAUUUGAAAAGGACUGUGUAACGCGGCUGUGAUAUAGUUUUGUAACGAAUAUUUCGAGAAAUUUUACGCUACCUAGCAAAGGAUUAGAAAGUUUUCAAAGAGGAAAGCGACUUAAAUCAUAAAUCAUGUAUCGGGCAAACUCAGCGCUAAGGGUAGCGACCGCCCCUAUGGGCCACCAAAAUCUUAUGCAAAAGCUUUCGAAGGAUUUUUUCGCUGCAGCAGCGGUUAAAACAUAUAAUUCAGCCGCUGCAGAACCAUUUUUAAAUGGAACGACAUCUAGUUAUGUUGAGGAGAUGUACAAUGCUUGGCUCCGUGAUCCAGCAUCAGUUCACACAUCAUGGGAUGCAUACUUCCGUAGUAAUACAUAUAUGGCACCACCCAGUCUAGCGCCUCUACAGAGGAAUGCCGUGUCAGUUUCACAAUAUUUGGGAUCUGGAUCGGCUUUAGCGACAAUGGGACAACCCGAUGAGGGGACAAUCGACGACCAUUUAGCCGUGCAAGCAAUCAUCAGAAGUUACCAGUCUCGUGGUCACUUGGCAGCUGAAUUGGAUCCGUUAGGAAUUGUUACGCCAGAGAUAACCGAAACAAAAGAUGGUGUUAAACGACGGGCUAAUGAAGCUGUACUUAGGCAACAUAGUUGGUUUAUGCGUGGCGAUCAAGAUAUGGAACGUAAAUUCAAAUUACCAAGCACAACGUUUAUUGGCGGUAACGAGCAAUACCUAUCUCUAAGGGAGAUCUUAGAUCGUCUUGAGCAAGUAUAUUGCAAUAAAAUCGGCGUAGAAUUUAUGUUUAUCAAUUCAUUAGAACAAUGUAAUUGGAUACGUAAGCGAUUUGAAACGCCUGGUGUCAUGAAUUUUACACCGGAAGAAAAACGACUUAUCCUAGCACGUGUAACGAGAGCCACAGGAUUCGAAUCGUUCUUGGCGAAAAAAUACUCAUCAGAAAAACGUUUCGGUCUGGAAGGUUGUGAAAUUAUGAUUCCAGCAUUGAAAGAAAUCAUUGAUGUGUCAACCGAUUUGGGCGUGGAAUCUAUUAUCAUGGGCAUGCCACAUCGUGGACGUUUGAACACAUUGGCCAAUGUAUGCCGUAAACCACUUCAUCAAAUCUUCACACAAUUCGCUGGUCUUGAGGCUGCUGAUGAUGGCUCCGGUGAUGUGAAAUAUCACUUGGGUACAUAUAUCGAACGAUUGAACCGUGUCACAAACAAAAACAUCCGUUUAGCUGUCGUAGCCAACCCAUCUCACUUGGAAGCUGUCGAUCCAGUCGUCCAGGGAAAAACUCGUGCCGAACAAUUCUAUCGCGGUGACGGUGAAGGCAAGAAGGUAAUGUCUAUACUGAUCCACGGUGAUGCCGCCUACUGUGGUCAAGGUGUUGUCUACGAAACUAUGCACUUGUCGGACUUACCAGACUACACGACUCACGGAACUAUUCACGUUGUUUGCAACAACCAAAUUGGCUUCACAACUGAUCCUCGUUUCUCACGUUCAUCGCCCUAUUGUACUGAUGUCGCUCGUGUCGUGAACGCUCCAAUUUUCCAUGUGAAUGCUGAUGAACCUGAAGCGGUUAUGCAUGUGUGCAAAGUAGCUGCAGAAUGGCGUGCAACAUUCCAUAAGGAUGUUGUUAUUGAUUUGGUCGGCUACCGUCGUAAUGGACACAAUGAAAUUGAUGAACCGAUGUUCACCCAACCGUUGAUGUACCAGAAGAUCAGGAAACACAAGAAUUGCCUCGAUCUAUACGCGGACAAACUCAUUCAAGAAGGCAUUGUAACUGCUGAAGAUGUCAAAUCAGUCGCCGACAAAUACGAUAAAAUCUGCGAAGAAGCUUUUGAAUUAGCAAAGAAGGAAACUCACAUUAAGUACAAAGAUUGGCUCGACUCACCCUGGUCUGGAUUCUUCGAAGGCAAGGACCCAUUGCGCUACUCUCCAACUGGCGUUCGGGAAGAAACUCUCGUACACAUUGGUAAUCGUUUCUCAUCGCCCCCACCAAAUGCUGCUGAAUUCGUAAUUCACAAAGGUUUGCUACGUGUUCUAGCUGCUCGCAAAGAUAUGGUUGACAAACGUAUUGCUGAUUGGGCUCUUGGUGAAGCCAUGGCUUUUGGUUCUUUACUCAAAGAAGGUAUUCAUGUUCGUGUUUCGGGCCAGGACGUUGAACGUGGCACAUUCUCACAUCGUCAUCACGUUUUGCACCAUCAAUUAGUUGAUAAGGCAACAUAUAAUCCAUUGUGCCAUUUGUACCCUGAUCAAGCUCCUUACUCAAUUUCAAACAGUUCCUUGUCUGAAUACGCUGUACUUGGCUUCGAACACGGCUACUCAAUGACCAAUCCCAAUGCUCUAGUUCUCUGGGAAGGACAAUUUGGUGACUUCGCCAAUACAGCGCAAUGUAUUAUUGAUCAAUUCAUCUCAAGCGGUCAAGCCAAAUGGGUACGUCAAUCCGGACUUGUUGUCAAUCUACCACACGGUAUGGAAGGCAUGGGACCCGAACAUUCAUCCGCUCGUCUUGAACGUUUCCUGCAAAUGUCCUCCGACGAUCCAGACUAUUUCCCACCAGAAUCUGAUGAGUUCGCUAUUCGUCAACUCCACGAUAUCAACUGGAUUGUUGCCAACUGUUCAACACCCGCAAAUUACUUCCAUAUCUUGAGGCGGCAAAUUGCUCUGCCAUUCCGCAAACCAUUGAUCCUUAUGACUCCGAAAUCACUACUCAGACAUCCGGAGGCAAGAAGCUCGUUCGACGAAAUGAUUGAAGAUACCGAAUUCUUGCGUAUUAUUCCUGAAAAUGGUCCAUGCUCAGGUAAUCCUGAAUCUGUUAAGAAAUUGAUUUUCUGUUCGGGACGUGUGUAUUAUGACCUAACAAAGGCCCGAGCUGAUAAGAAAUUGGAGAACGAUAUUGCUAUUGCUAGGAUAGAACAGAUUUCACCCUUCCCCUUCGAUUUAGUGAAGAAAGAGUGCGAAAAAUACAAGUGUGCUGAAAUCGUUUGGGUACAGGAAGAGCACAAAAACCAAGGCGCAUGGACUUACAUUCAACCUCGAUUCAUGACUGCAUUGAACUCAUCACGGGACAUCAGCCCUAGUGAUAAGAAAGAUGAUGAUGGAAAGUGGCUUAAUCGAAUUUUCACUCCGAAAGACUCAACCCAAAAUGAUGCAAAUAAUUUUGGCGUUCAUAAAGAAUUCGAUAAAAAUACCGCGUUCGUUCGUUUGCAAGAUUUCAAUCGACCAUCCGAUGGAAACGCGGCAAAAUCACAAACUAUCAAAGCGGGAAGACGAAUUAGCUAUAUCGGCCGCGCCUGUGGAGCAUCAACUGCUACCGGAUCCAAGAACAUGCAUACUCGGGAGUUGAACAAUUUACUGAAAGAUGCCAUGUCGAUCUGAAUCGAGAAGAACGACGCGAAAGGCGUCCUAUCACCAAAAAAUCUAGAAGUAUCUGAUAGAGAUACUGGUAAAAGUACUAGAGAUGAUAGAAACAUUGAAAAACCGACACCAACUGCAAACAUAGAAACUAACGUGGUAUCAUCAAAGAAGUCAUUUUUCUCUAAUUUAUUAAAUUAUUUUAAUUUAAAGAAAUGAAAUGAAUUUGAUCUAGUUUGUGAAAGGAAGAAAGUUAUAUUUUUUCGAUUAACGUCAUUUUAAGGUUUUUUGCAAUUCAGGCGUAUUAAAAGGCAAACUUUCGUUUUCUGGACUAUGUAAUUAUGGAUUUUCAUUAUAAUUUAGCAACAUCUAUUUAUGUAGUCAGCUACGUGAAAUGUAUGCAUGAUAUCUUUUUUCUUUCCCUCAAGGAUUUUCGUCAUAAGUUCCCUACUGCUACGAGGUUUUCGUUUUUUCGCGCUUCCUAGAAUAUCAUUGAGAAUAAAUUACUUUCACAAAUUGCGGAAUUAUUGUUUAGUUCAAAUAAAACUUGAAACAGUGACUUUACUUUAGAUAGUUCGUUUUGUCCCCCUUAUAAUAUCGUAAGAAAGCUAAAAGAAAAUGCUUCUCUGUCCGAAAAACUCUCAUGAAAUUUGGAAGGAAGCAAGCAACGUUAUAUUUAAUAAACAAAGCUAGUAAACAAAUUUUUCAUAGUAUGUUAUUUAGUAGUAUAUGUUAAGUUAUUGAUAACGAUUGAUGAAGAAGAUAUAUUUGAAACAAAAAUACAAUGAAACGUGAUAAUGAAUUGCUUAUUUUUAUUCAUAGUAGUAAAUACCAUAUGAAGUAAUUACCUUAAAAUAUUUCUAAAUGGAAAUAAAGUAUGCACACUCUAAUGUUGCUAACAUUGCACUCGA